CUGUUGGAAUUAGGUUCACAUGUCAAUGUUGUGGAUAACGAAGGAAACACCCCUCUACAUCUGACACUCGGAGGCAGAAUGAAAAGCCCCCUAAAGAGUCCAGACUGGGCACUGGAAGUGACGUGCCGUGUGCAAAUCGCGAAUAUGCUAAUCAGUGCGGGGGCGUUGGUGGAUGUCGAAAACAACAAUGGCAGGCUGCCGUUGACUUACGGCUGUUCUGAAAUCAGAGAGCGUGUCGAAGACUUUAUGAGAAAAAACAAAGAUGCAGUGAAAACAAAGUUUCGGUCCAGCUUCACUUUUGAUCAUCCGGUGGAGGUACAGGAGGCCCUGCAGGGGUUGGAGAUGCCUUGUGGAGUUUGUUUCCUCGCUCAGUCCUGUCAGUCUGCAGCCCUGUCAACACAGGUGUGUGUGUACCGCCUGCAGCCAGAACUUAACGCAGUGCCCUCUCUGUGACAUGCCUGUGAUCAAAAGGCCAGAUGUUCCAUGAAGAACUCAACAACAUUUAUUUAUUAGUUUUUACUAAAGAUUUCUGCUGGACUGGCUGUAAAAAUCAACCAGCAUGAACAAUACGGACUUGUAAAAUACAUCAACUGAAAAAGAACUCUUGGCAUUCGGCAAGAAAGAAUGAUAGAAAGAAACAAAGAAAUUGACUAAAUAAAUGAAUGACAGUCGAAGGAUAUGUCGUAAAUAAAGGUCGAUUAUGUUUUGGUUCCUACAAUACGGAAUGUUGCUUUGAUUCUCUGUUUUUAAUAGAAAGUAUUAAAAAGACAUAAACAAA